CUCACCCAACUGACUCAGAGGAACCUCUCUCUCACUCUCUCUCACCACCUUUAUCACUCUCUCUAUCUCUCUCUCUCAAAGCAAAGAAAUACUCCUGUGUGGAAAGAAGGUAGAGACUACUAGAGUGAAAGCGAGAGAGAGAGAGGGAGAAGCGGCGCACAAUAGUCGAAGAAUGACAUCAAGGGCUAACGUGAACGGGGAGCACAGAGUGCGGCACCAACAUUACUACCCAGCGACGCCGUCGUCGUCCUCCUCUUCCAAGGCCUCCUUCAAGGGCUGCUGCUGCUGCCUUUUCCUCCUCUUCUCCUUCUUAGCUCUCCUAAUCCUGGCCGUCGUUUUGGUCAUCAUCCUGGCCGUCAAACCCAAGAAACCCUCAUUCGAUCUACAGCAAGUGGGCGUUCAGUACAUGGGCAUCACACCCAAUCCAUCCACCCCCGCCACCAAUCCGGGUACCACCCCGACAUCCUCCGCCUCCCUAUCGCUCAACAUCCGGAUGCUUUUCACGGCGGUGAACCCCAACAGGGUUGGGAUCAAGUACGGCGAGUCCAGGUUCACGGUCAUGUACCGUGGAAUCCCCUUGGGAAAAGCCUCCGUCCCCGGCUUCUACCAGGAGGCCCACAGCGUCAGACAGGUGGAGGCCACCGUCGCCGUCGAUCGCGUCAAUCUGCUCCAAGCCGACGCCGCCGAUUUAGUCCGGGACGCUUCUCUCAACGACCGCGUGGAGCUCAGGGUCCUCGGUGACGUCUCCGCUAAGAUCCGUGUCUUAAACUUCGAUUCCCCUGGCGUUCAGGUGUCAGUUGACUGUGCAAUAGUGAUAAGUCCGAGGAAGCAGUCUCUCACUUACAAGCAAUGCGGAUUCGAUGGAUUGAGCGUCUGAGCAUUUACCCAAGGGUAAAAAAAAAUUCCACACCCUGUCCGACUCUCUCACUCAUUUCUCUCCCUGUAAUUGUAGAGCCAAUGUGAGCAAGGCACGACGAAGUUCACUCGCCUAAAUGUGGUGAAGAGAUUCUAAACUUGAGAGAAAAAAAAAAAAAAAAAACAAACAAACAAACAAACAAACUUACCAAAGAUUUUGCAAGAGAAUUUGCUGACUGCGUGUAAAGUGUAAUCUAAUGUGUGGCAUUGAAGCAUUCCACGCUCCCCUCAUUUUUUUUUUUUUUUUUUUUUUCUGAUU